ACGGUGGGGCGGCCUGUCAGAUGGUUUGUUGUUGUUCCGUCUGCCAGGUUGUGAACGGAAUGCGAGAGUUGAACAAGUGGGAAUUUGAGAACGACCACCAAUGGAGAAUCAGUCGUAGGACAAGAAGAAGUUGAAUACUUUUACGGCCGUCUGAAAGGCUAAAGAGAGAAGAAACAGGCUGUUGGAGUGUUUUGGAAGGUGGAAGAUGAGAGAAGAGGUGUCCUGCACUAACUCCCCUGAAGGAGGGCUGGGGGCCAGUGAAGAGGAACUGGAAAGGGGCUCCAAGAAGAAUCACCAGACAGGUCACCGAAAACGAUCCCCUCAUCCCAAGAAAGACAGUCUGGCUCAGACAGAGGAUAGCGCCGCCGGCAGUCCCACCGGCCUCCUUCCGUCCGGGCCCAAGAGGGUGAAGAAGAGUCCCUCAGCCGUGGUGAGCCUGGCCCCCGCCUCGCUGGGCCCGCGGCCCGACCAGCCCUUCGAGGACCUCCACUCCCAGCGGGUGAUCGCCAACGUGCGGGAGCGCCAGCGCACCCAGUCCCUCAAUGACGCCUUCGCCUCGCUGCGCAAGAUCAUACCGACGCUCCCUUCGGACAAGCUGAGCAAGAUCCAGAUCCUCAAACUGGCGUCACGCUACAUCGACUUCCUGUACCAGGUGCUGCAGAGUGACGAGAUGGACGCUAAGCUGGCCAGCUGCAAUUACCUGGCCCACGAGAGGCUGAGCUAUGCCUUCUCCGUCUGGAGGAUGGAGGGGGCCUGGGCCAUGUCUGCCAGCCACUAGGACCCCCUCGCGCCCGUCUUUACCUGUUGCCUCCCUCUCUCGCUCUCUCUAGCUCUCUCUCUUCCUUUUGUAAAUUUCUUAUUUAAAUCUUCCUGUCUGACCUUUCACCCUCCAUCAAUCUGCACCCCUUUCACCUUUUCAGUCACCGUUGCUUCCACUGCUUUCCUCACAUCUGUGCCACAGUUUCGCCCGGUGCAGGAAGACGCUGCACUGCUAACCCUCAGCUCGGCAGGGGCCUUCAGAGACAACGGCGCAACAUUGGGGCCGCAACGGGCCAAAGCAUCUUGUCUUGACCUCGGAGCCAACGUGAUGUGAACACAUGUGCUAGGAGCAGAUGUGGUCCACACCUCUUGUUGAUCAUACAGUAUUUGAUAAGUUGAAGAGAAAAUAUGAUGGAUUUUGGAACUCUACAUUUGUUAUAUAUUUCAAGAAUCAAAAUCACAACUACUGUACUACAAAGUGAGUCUAGAGGAUUUUUGCAGCCAUAUUAAUGCCUAUUUACUACAUUUUCUUCAAUUAGUUGCUUAUAUAGCAAUAUAUAGAUCUGCCACCUUUAUAAAGGGUUUAUAAACUGCUUAAAAAUAGGUCAAUGAUAGCUUUAUGAAGUCUUCAGAAGUUAUCUAUAUGUAUCAGUUACUUACAAAACCUUUCAACAAAGAUUCAUGAUUUUCUCAAGUGGAAGCUAACUCUAGCUUUGCUGCUAAUGCAGGGGUCACUGACCUUUUUGAAAUUGAGAGCUACUUCUUCGGUACUGAUUAAGCGACGGGCUUCCAGUUUGAUACACAUUUUUGAAAUAAUAAAUUUACUCAAAUGACCUCAAAUUCUAGUUUAUUAUUAAUAAUUAAUGAUAUUCAUGUAUGUGAAGACAGAUCGUCUUAUUUCUCAAAAUAAUGAUCAACAAUGAUUUAACAAGGUAGGAAGCAAACAUAUCUAUAUGUAACACUAUUUUUUUUAAAUAAAUGUCUGGAAGUGGUUACAUUUUCAAAUGAUCCUUUCUACAACAUUCCUAGGAAAUCACAAUGUUCCAUCACUGGAGAGCUAUUUUUAGAACAGUCAAGCUGGCUGCUUAUGUGGUCCUUGGGCGUGAUGAGUGACCCCUGCACUAAUGCAUCAUUACUAUGACUAUAAUGCUGAUGAUUUUUUAAAAACGUGUAUUGUAAUUCAUUACAGUGAUUUUCUGAGAUUAAAGUUUCUAUCCUCAUCCAGACUACACAGUUUAUUUAACACUGGCAAUAAAAUGUGUUUAUUAUUAUUAUUAUAAAUUUUAUUAUUAUUAUUAUCAUUUGCUGUCAAUGCAUACACAUUUAUUUAUCAAAUGGCAUGUUUUUAGAAUGUUUGAAUACAACAAAACUGAAAAAAAAAAAAAGAUUCUCCAUGAGAGGGAGAAAGUAAGGCUAUGAAUUUCAUUGUUUUUUUUGAUGAAUACUUAUUUUACAGGUUUAGUAUUUGUUUUAAAAAUAUAUAAUUAACUAAUUAGUUAUUUUAAAUGGACUUUUGCAUAUAAAAGUGCAUUUAAUGUUACCGUUAUCGUCAAAAUCCAUAUUUGCUUGACUAUUUUGUUUUACUGAUUUGUGGAACUGUAUGCGCCACAUUUCUGGACAUCUUAGUUACUCGUCAAAAGAAAAAACAAUAAGGAUUCAUCACGACGAGCAAAAUGAUACCCUGCAUUUUCAUUUUGAGUGUGCUUCGCUGUAAUUAACUCAUUGCUUCAUGCCACACGCACACACACACACGCACACGCACACACACAUGCUCAUACUCAGUGUGGCACUUUGAAAAUGAGAUGUUUGUUUUGUGCAGGAAAAACAAUUGUCCUCUUUCUCUAUAGACUAUAAUCAAAAUGCCCAUCACUUGUUUCUCUUCUGGCUUCCGAUAGUGUGUGUGUGUGUGUGUGUGUGUGUGUGUGUGUGCGUGUGUGUAAUGUGCAGUUUGACCUGAGCAGUUGUUGGAUGCUCUUCAAUUCAUCAUAAAUCUCUGGCUGCUACUCUGGACUGAUCUGAGAUCAUCUAUGGCUCAUUUUUAAAAGCUUCAUGCACAACGAGUGGUUUCUGACACUGGUCUUUAGUUUUUAAACAUGGGAAAUUUGUGUGUUGACUGUUGUACACACACGCUGUUUUCCAACAAUGCGUUUGUGUGCUUGUGUUGUGUGCAUGUAGCUGCCGGGAUGGCGACGUAUGGCCACUUGUUUGACACGUAGGCAUGCAAACGUUGCAUCACUGAAGAUGUAUCACUUUCUGUCACACAAAAUUUUUCCGUGCUUGGCUCUUUUUAAUGUAGCACUUUAUGGGCAAGGAACCUUGACUGGUACCUUAAGUCUGAGUCUAUAAGACAGUAGAACAGGAGGAUUUACCCAGCUAAAAUUGCAAAAAAAAAGAAUAAUAUGAUUAUUUACUGUAAUUAUUUGUAAUUACUUAAUGAUAUGAAAACAUAUUGUAUAUAUAUAAUCUGUAUGUACACCCUAUAUUUAACAAAAAUGCAAAAAAUAACAAAUGUUCAAGUGGACUGCAUACAAUAUUUUUCUGUUUAAAAUGUAUAUUAUUUAAAAUAGUUAUAAUGCCAUAUAAGUGUCAAAAUUGCAUAUUUGUAAAAUAUUUAAAAAAUUAUAAAUAUGUGCAAAACGCACAGUAGUAUCCAAAUUUAAGAAUUACUGAAUGGCGUUAAUAAACCUUUAACUUUAGUAUUUUAUUUAUUUUUUAACAUUUCCUCAAGUUUGUUUUUAUUCAAAAUACUGGUACAGUAUAUUACUAUAGACCUUUUCUGAUGAACAAUAUAAAAUAAAAAUAACAACAAAAAAUGUUUACGUUACAAAAGGCUGCCAUAAAUGUUUUUAUAUAAAAGUAGAAAAAAAACAAAGGAGAAGUGUGUUAAAAUGCAGUACACAAAGUGCAAAUUCAGUAUGUGCUUAACAUGUAUCACCACCGGGAAUGUUCACUCGUCUCUAUUUCUCUGCAGAAAGCCAACAAGUGGAAAAUUCCCAAUUGACAACAAUGAAAUGUUCCCACUUCAACGUCAUCCUUUUUUAAAAUUUUUAUAUAUAUAUUUU